GCCGACUCGAUUGGCCACAACAGGUGGCUAGGCAUUCUCCGAAACAAUCCAUCCAUUCAAUGGCAUUUAAAGCAUAAGCAAAUGCCCGAUAUCAUGGAAAGCAUGGACCUAUAGAUUUGCGUGAUGUUCGCGCGAUCACGUUGAUCUACUUGUCUUUCAUCGCGGUAGUCUUGGGGACUGGCAAAUAUCUGUUUUUUUCUCUUCCGCCGCGCGCACUGUUGUCAUGAUUUAGAGAUGAGUCUUCUCAUUACCAUGGGGUCAACAUAUUUUCAUGAUUUAGAGAUGAGUCGUCUCAUCACCACAGGGUCAAUAGUUAACUCGUGCGAACUUCGGCCGCGAGUGAGAGCGCACCAUGCGCGUCUGUUCUGGCAAAGCAUUUUACAUAGUAUAAUCAACGUUUUAAGCCGUAUAUAAGACAGCCAUAUCAUCGGAUGAAUCACUCAGUAUAUCCCUGUUCUUUUCGCGUGAAAUGGCCAUCAAGUUUUUGUAUCCCUUUGUUGCUGUCGCUCUUAGUACCACAACGGUCCUGGCUAGUGCCCAUACAUCUACACUGCUCAAGUUCGCAGGUGUGAAUAUUGCAGGUUUUGAUUUCGGCUGUAGUACAGAUGGCACUUGCGUUGCUUCAGGUGCUGUUCCCCCUGUCCACCAACUAUCUGGUAUUGAUGGUUUGGGCCAAAUGCAACAUUUUGUCAAUGACGACGGCUACAACAUGUUCCGUCUCCCUGUUGGUUGGCAGUACCUCACUAACGACCAGAUGACUGGCGUUUUGGAUAAGACUCACUUUGCCAACUAUAACAUGCUGGUGUCCGACUGUCUGAGCACUGGCGCUUACUGUGAGAUUGAUCUCCACAAUUACGCCAGGUACAAUGGGCAGAUUAUCGGUCAAGGCGGUCCAAGCAACGAAAUCUUCGCUGAGCUCUGGUCCAACAUUGCCUCGCACUGGAAGAACGAGACAAAAGUCAUGUUUGGGGUGAUGAACGAACCUCAUGAUAUCCCGAGUAUCGCCACUUGGGCAGAGUCCGUUCAGAGUGCAGUUACUGCCAUUCGAAAAGCUGGCGCUACUACUCAGAUGAUUCUCCUUCCCGGGACCGGCUAUGCUUCUGCGGAAACUUUCGUUUCCAGUGGUUCCGCUGAUGCCCUUGCUACAGUGCACAACCCUGACGGCACAUUCACCAACCUCAUUAUGGACGUCCACAAGUACCUCGACUCCGACGGCUCUGGCACCAAUGCUGCGUGCGUGACCGACGGCAUCGAGGACACAUGGAAGCCUCUGACCACCUGGCUCCGUGCAAAUGGUCGUCAUGCCCUCAAUUCUGAGACUGGUGGUGGGAAUGUAGACUCUUGUGUUAGCUUCGUAUUGCAGGAGAUUGGCUACCAGGCUACUCAAUCUGAUGUGAUCCUCGGCUACGUUGGCUGGGCGGCUGGUUCCUUCGCCACAGAUUAUGUGCUGUCUCAGGUGCCUUACUACAGCGGCACCGGCUGGAACGACACACACUUGGUCUCGAUGGCCAUGUCGCCUAAAACCAACAAGCUUGUUGCAUCCGUUGCAUAAAAUUGGCGUAAAGUAUUUUACCUAGAC